UAACAUACAACAACGUGGUUCAACGUUCAACCGCCGUCUCCUAUCGAGGUAACAACCCCUAAUAUUCUAAUUGGCGUUGAAUCUCCAAAUAUCAUCGUAGGCAAACUGCUAUCAACUACACCACCAGGUAGAAGCAAGUUCACAGCAGCAUUCCAAAUGCCAGCCACACAUUCGUACCACGACAUCGUUAUGACGAAGAAGGCGCAUCAGGCAGAUUUGAGGAAGCGCCAAGAAGAUCUGGAUGAUUGUAGGGCAGAGGUGAGGGCGGAACGCUUCAUGCAAGAAGAAGCCUUGGAACGAGCAUCAAAGUCACAAGAAGCCUUGGAACAAGCAUUAAAGUCUUCCCGCAAGGGAAAAAAGAAAAUGGGCUCAGCACGCAGUGUAGAGAUUAUGAUGAAGGCGUUGGAAGAGAAAUUGAUGAAUCAGCUCAACGAUUCCCGCACACAACAGGAUGAGACGAUAAAACACCUGGAUGACAAGAUAAAAUAUCAGGAUGAGACGAUAAAACACCAGGAUGAAACGAUAACACACCUGGAUGACAAGAUACAGGGCCUUGAAGUUUCCCUGGAACAUUAUUCUGCAGUAGUGCGUGUCCUCCACCGACGGGUGGUGCUGGAUGAUGCUCGUAGUCUCCUAUCGACCCGCUAUGGUUUCCCCCCCACUUCACUUCGGCCAGGCUACCGGGAAGCCGACGGCCAGCCGACGAAGAGCCUGGGGCAAUUGGUAAAGGAGGUCCGUUUGAAGCUGAACCAAGACGACGCGCGCUUGCUGCCCGAUGAGGCUUUGAAGAUGAUAUUUGACAGCACUGGUGGUACUGUCCGUGGAGAGGUGAACAAAGUGGCUCACAGAGCCUCUGCGGAGGACCUGGCGCUAGCGAUCACUGGGGAUGAUCUGACAGCCUUGCAGGCCAAAACCUUGCAGGACAUCUACGAGUUUGUCCACCACGAGAUACCUUUGUACAAGCGUUCUGAUUGCCUUUAGCCGUCGUCUUCUGUAUUCUCUACUGGAAACAGCGCUCGAAUGUCACGAUGACAUCGCACUCUCGAAAGUGCCGUGUAUAGUUGUCCGUGCGUGAAAGAAUCUGUGUGAAGGUCAAGCACGGCUUUCUGCAAUGUGCGUCCUUGACAACCGUUGAACGUGGUCGCGUAUGCCGGUCUGAGAGGAAACUGUUUGCGGUUGACUGUCCAGCUGCACCGCGGGGGGUUGAAAGAG